AUGAGCUACGGGUUCACAUUUGAGAGGCUGGGCACUGGACCUCAACCUUCGCCUCUGAUUGGCUCCGCCUUCAACUAUUGGCUCAAAAAGCCUUCCUCGUCGGAGAUCUUUGCGGAGUACUCGCAGCCCGGCAAGCCUGGAGAGGAUUUCGAUGACACUGGGCCAACUAUCAGAGCAUUCCUGCCCGUCGCUCUUCAAUCCGAGAGGGAGGCUCUGCGAUCUUUUAGGGGUAUGGCCCGUGUUGUCGAUACUCGUGUUGUAUGCGUGCGGCCCACGUUUAAUGCACGCUUCUGCUCCGAAGACUCUACAUCUUCAAAUACCUUAUAUAUCUGCGGAAACGUCACCGCAGACUUGUCCAACUUGCCGCAACACAGUUGGCAUGGGUGGUGGGACGGUGGCAAAGGGAAGUACGUUGCCAAGUUUCAUUGUCCCAUCCCCAACAGUCUAAAGGAUUUCCCUGGGCAGCAGGCGUGGGCGCUGUGUCGUGUUUCAGGCAACGCAACUUUGGUUUCGCCAUUGACAAAUGACACCUCUCACGAGUACUGGACUGCCCGCAGUCUCAGCACUUGGAUGAUCACCGGUACUAUAUCAGUACAAGGUAUUCGUGGACUUUGGAACACAGAUUCUACAUGGGAGUAUCUCAACUCGAGCGGAUCAGGUCCUUGGUUGCGGCAGUGGACCCGGGGUAGAUCAGAUGAUGGGGAAGUCGAGGUGGACUAUCUUUUCGCCGUUACAUUAUGUUUUGACUACUCCAAGGCUGCUCAGAUCCAAAAUCUCAACAUCACCGCAACGACCGCUUCCAAUUCUACGGAGCCAGUCUUUCGCUACGAUGCCGACUCCAAGCAGUACGAUACUUCUGCAGUGCGCAACCAGCUUGGUGCUUCUAGGCACAACCCGCAGAAGAACAAUACUAAGCGGGAAAUGCUCACCAUCUCGGAGCAAGAUAUGCAAGCAUCCAUGGACGAGGUUCGAGGGAAGCCGUUUGCAUUACCCUAUACAGAAACCCUUGGAGACUGGUUGGAAAGGUUUCUGUACCUACCUGAUGAUGUGGCCUUAGCACUUUGUCCGCUUUGCAAUCCGGAUCCGGAUCUCAUCACGUUUCAAACAGUAGAUAGCCUUCUCACACAGGUCUUCAGCGAUGUCCUAAACACAACCGACUCUCCAGCUCUCGCUUUGCAGGCUUUGAGGACGCUGCUUUACCGGAGUGCGUACUAUGACCAGUUAUCCGCCUUUAGCCCCGCGGCUGAUGAAGCGACUAUAACCCGAUUCAACCUCGUUCGGGUACCGCAAGAACGGUGGGGACUAAUAACCGUGAUCAUCAUCAUUGGCGCCAACCUGCUUCUCUUCGUCCUCAUCACCUGUCUCUUCUUCUCUACGACCAGUUCCAGCUUCGUCGAAAACGCAUGGCACACUGUGGCGCAAAUUUCGCAGAGCGAUGUGGUUAGGCCACUGCUGGAGAAGGCGACGCUGGCGGUGGACGAGGACAUUGAUGACUGGGCUUUUCAGCCAGAAAACGACGCCGGAUUCGGAAAGGUUGUCGGUUCAGAAUGGGGUCUUUACUACGGUUAG